AUCUAGAUGUCUAACCGAGUGUGCCCGCGCGUGUUUAUGAUUUCCGUCUUGACAAUGAAGGUUUGACGCUUAAAAGGAAAGGAAUAGAGCGAGUCUGUCCCCCUCGCCCCUGCUCGCCGAAAUCUCUCGGCUGAAUAUGCAUGCAUGGCCUGCACAUUCGCUUGCUGGCUCACUCCCUCACGCCUCUCUCCCUCUCCCUCCCUUUCGCUCCUCACCACCCCUCAUCCUUGUCUUAUAGGCCGCGGCGUAGAUCGCCACCAUCAUCGGACUACGCACCCCUCCCUUUUCUUCCACCCCCCUGCCUUGUCCGCUUCAACCACCACAUCACUUGCAUGCUUACGAGCUGUCUGCCCUUGCCCCAUUCCCUUUUCACUCUUCCGCUCUGCUUUGCGCACCUUGCCACGUAUAUGCCGCUGUCGCCAUAGCACACCUUGUCCCCUUCUUUUCCUAUUUUUACUUUUUUGCUUACCGACGCUUAGGCUUUGAGCUGCAAGGGGAAGGAAUGCCAGCCCCUCGCAAUCCCCCCUCCUCUCUCGUCU